UAUCGUCAUGCAGUGAGAAUAGCGUGACUAUUUCAGAUCCACUGAUAGAUCAUCAAUUUAGUCCUCAGUUUGUUUUCUGGAAGCUAGUUUUGGUGACAAAUGUCAGGGGCUUUGGAUGCUAUGUGUGACAUAUGUAAUGCUUUGGGGAUAUGAGAUAUUCAGCAAUUAUGUGGAGAGAUGUGACAGAAGUUAUAUUUAAAGACUAUUGUAUCAAAUUUAUAAAAGGAUUGUGCACAGAAGUAUGUUGUGAAGAAUUAUUUCUACUACUACCUGUUCAAGUUUUCAUCUGCCUUGGGUGAAGAGAUUUUUUACAUCACAUUCCUUCCAUUCACCUACUGGAACAUCAAUCACGAUGUGUCGAGGAGGCUGAUAAUGAUGUGGUGUAUUGUUAUGUACAUAGGCCAAGUCACUAAAGAUAUCCUGAAGUGGCCUCGUCCUCAUUCACCUCCUGUGGUGAAGCUGGAAAUGAGAGCAGAAUAUGGAAUGCCAUCCACCCAUGCCAUGGCAGCUACAUCCAUUUCCUUCACAUUUUGUAUUGCAACAAUAAACCAAAACAAGUACUCACUUGUGUUAGGACUAAUGGCAGCAUUUGUAUUUUCUACCCUGGUGUGUCUCAGCAGACUUUACACUGGAAUGCACACUGUACUGGAUGUGAUUGGUGGAACUCUGAUUUCAGCUGCGUUAAUUGUACUCACAUAUCCUGCAUGGGAUAUCAUAGACCACUUGAUGUUAACCAGUCCAUUCUGCCCUAUACUUUCCAUAGUCGUGCCCCUUCUCCUAUGUUACAACUAUCCCAAACUAGAGGAUUACAGCCCUACUCGAGCAGACACAACAACUGUCCUUGGAGCAGGAGCUGGAGCAACCGUAGGAUUCUGGUUAAAUAACCUAUGUGCAGCACCAAACUAUCCCAACCAAAGUCUUCAUCUCAGCCUUCCUCCAAUCAGUGAAAUGAUGAUGGUGGUGCUGGCAAAGUUUUUAGUGGGGAUUUUUAUUCUUUUGGUCACACGUUAUUUCAUCAAAGGCAUGGCCCUCCGUGUGUUGUGUUCUAGGUACCAGGUUUCUCUCAACGAUCUAGAAGCCAGACGACGACUGGAAAUAGAAGUGCCCUACAAAUUUAUAACAUAUUCUUCUGUUGGCUUCAGUGCUACAGCGCUUGUGCCAUUAGUACAUGAGUUAUUAGGAUUAAUAUGAGUGUGAUGCCUUGUUAGAAAUAGUUUAUUGCAAAACCAUGUUGGAGAUGCAAAGAAUUUACUCAAAGGAAAAGACUUGACCAAAAAAUGUGUUGUGCCUUUCUGCACUGGCCUAAAAUAUCUACUAUUGACUAUCCCAGGGAAUCAUUGAAUGUAAAUAAUUUAAGAUUAGAAAUUACUGGCUAGUCUGUACCAACAGCUACAGAUCUGUGAUCCAGGUGGUUAGUAUGAUGAGUACAAAAACAAGAACUCCUGUGUGUUUUGUUUACUUUCCAAAAAGUUAGCAUGUGCUACAGUGUCAGUGUUGUGUCACUAUCGGUUCAGCCUCAGUACUUCACUCCUCCGUUUUGGAAGCAUCACAAAGGUGAUGCUCACACGGUUGGAGAUAUGGUAGGUUUCCCUCACUGCAUCCUGCAAUCUCCGAUGGCCUCCCACACUUCAAGUAAGGGAUUCUGUUUUAUGCAUGCCAUGGAGUGUGUAGCAGAUGCAAGAGAGCAAUUCUGCUGCCGGGACAGAACCAGCUCCACAGUGGUCAGGAAGUGGGGUUAGUGUAAAUAAGUGUGCAUGUGUGAGCAGCAGGGUUGAGGAGGCCUCAUGUGGGGAAGAAGCUCCCAACCUAGUAUUAAAGCUCCACUCUCCAGCCUAUCACAGCUCAAUAUUGUGUUCUCCUGGGUAACUGGGCAGCCAAAGGAAGAAGUUGCUGAGGGGGGCAAAUCCACAGGGACGGCAGCAGGAAAUGAGAAGUGAUCAGAAAGAGGUAAGCCUGGCUAAGUGGGUGGCUACCCAAAACCAAAAUGAGAAUGGCUUGAAAUGACAUAGGGCCUGAUGCUGCCAUGAAGCUGCGCUUUAAAACUGGCCUGCGUUCAGUGGACGUGUCCUGCUGACUAAGAUGUCAGGCUCUCUGAAUAGAUGCCCUUGGGAACUAACAUGCACAGAAACCAUAAACCGAGAUAAGGUUACAUGUAUGUGUUUCCCUUGUGACUGCUCUUAAUUGUUAAACGUUGAAAUUUUAUGACACUUUUUGUACUUGUUACUUGAUGUAAUCUGUCUUCUCAGUACACAGACAGUUGGCCUUGUUAAGACUUGUUUUACCUAUCGGAAUUCUUCAGAAAACUAACUUUUUUCUUUUGUGUUUCAUACCAAAAAUCUGACUGAAGUAUUACUAAAAAUUCUGCUUGGCUAUGCUUCAGCUAGGGAAGUGAGCACACAAUGGGGAGCCACGUGCUCCUAAAUCAAUAUCCCAGCUGCCAUGGAUUCCCUCUUGGGAAAGCCACUUAUCCACCUUGCCUCAGCUCCCCCAUUCCUAAAAGUGCAACAAUAAUUUCUGCCUACCUCACAGGGAUGUUGUGAGGACUAAUUAGUGUUUGAAGUGUAUUAUGGAAAGUGCUGAGUAUUAAUAGUCAAGUGACCAUAAAACACACUGAUACAAUGGCCAUAAUUUUCUGGUGCUAAGCUCCACUAUGAUUUGUCUUCUAUGCAUCAGUACACAAGAAUAGUCAUGUUCUUAACCAUUAAUAGUUAAGGGUGGCUGCUGCUGCUGUGACUUCCAGGACACUAAAAAGUAUUAGCAAUUGCACCAAUAAGCUGCUAGAAGUUCAGCUGUGAUUGUAGUUCAACAACAACAAAAAAAAGAAUGGGUAAUGCUGCUAGACCUUGACUCCUCCUACACUUCCCCAUCACAUUAUGAAUGUGCCAAUCUAUAUAUUAUACUGCUGCAUUUACAGCUGAAAGCAGGGCCUGUGAGCCUUUUUCUUAGAUAAUUUAUAAGAAGUAGAGCCAUCACUCUUUCCUACUGGCCACUGCUUUUUUUUAAAUUUGUGUAGGUUUGAGCUUCUAGGCCAUUACAAAGGCUACCAUCUUCCCCUGUAAAAUGAAUGUUUAAUUUGUGAGCAGCGUUAAAUGUGGAAGAAGAAUGUAAAUGGGGUGAAUUGCCAGUGUUGGCUAGUUUUAGAUUCAUGUAUUCAGACAGUAUGGCUUUGCCCUGCUCGCCAUUGAGCAGAUUUGGAAGAGAUGCUUGCUUUUAGAAAAAGUUAGGAACCACUCCAGGAGAAUACGAGAUACAAGCUGACAUUUCAAAUAUAGCGUUAAGUACACACAUACAGCCGACCCAAAAUUUAAUAGCCGUUUAGUAAAUAUGAACACUUCAGUACCAAAAUGUAUAGAAGACCGUAGCUAAAUCAAGCUGCACUUCACCACUACACCAGAAGAAAUACCUUAAAACACCUUCCAAUAAAGGUGUUUUAUAAUAUAGGGCUGCAUGAAGGCAAAGAUCUGAAGCCCUGUAGAGGUGUUAUUUCAUGUCAUAGCAAAAGGGACUAAAGCAGAAAAAAGGUACAAUAAGUGGAAGCUUCCUUAACUCAUAACACUAAGUCAACUAGACUCAAAAAGUGGCUUAAGUUUAGCUGGGUCUUUCAUACAGUUUUAGUUAAAAUAUUGCUUUUCUGAACUGUGGCUAUUCUGUGCUAUCAAACUUUUAUAAUAUAGAUCUAAGCUUGGAUUUAUAAAGUAUGUGCACAUUUCUAUUUUUUGUAGCAUUCCAUUGCAUGUGAUUUAUGCAACC